AGGUACGGGCUAGCCCUUUCAUCUAUCGCAUUACAACUUGAAAUAACUAAACGAGCACGCUGGUGAAAAUAGCUAGUACUGAUUUAAUUGGAGCCAAGCGUGUACAAGAGUUGACAACAGAAUCGAAAAACAAUCUGAAAAAUAAGUAGUGAAAUUAAUAAUCAACUUAUAAUACCCAUUGUUGAGAGCAUCUCCAUAGACAUGUUCAAGUUUGGGUUAUUUAUGUGUUUAUUUUCAAAAUGUGUAUCUUUGUAAAUCUUUGUAAAUGUACUUGUGUCACAAUGAUAUUACGUCCCUUUUCCAUUCCCAGAUGAAUGUGUUUCCACAAUCAGCAUUCCCUAUGUUUCCUCUGAUGAAGGGUUAUGACCCAACGCAGUCCCUUCUACGUCCGGUCAGUCUGCAAUCCCAAGUGUCACAGGCCAAAGUUCACCCACCAAAGACGUCAAGUCCACAUUUCCAUAAUAUUCUUGCACCUUAUUGUGACCCGAUGCUGAAUCUACGUCGACCGUCGACGAUUGGCGGCAGCAAACCGAAGGUGGCGACCCCUAGCGUCGUCUCCAAGAUUGAGCAAUAUAAGCAGGAGAAUCCGACCAUAUUCGCCUGGGAGAUUAGGGAUAAACUUCUCGCUGCAGGCAUAUGUACUCAGUGCAACCUCCCCAGUGUCAGCUCCAUCAACCGGAUAUUACGUAACAGAGCAGCAGAGCGAGCUGCAAUGGAGUAUGCCCGGUUCGUCAGCAGAUCUUUAUAUCCGGUUCCGUAUCCUCCGAUGUGGGGUAGUAUUCCCGCCCACACAAUGGACGUUCGGGAUACCUCUUCACGAGUUCCUGUGAUAGAAACACAACCGGAAACGGAAACCAGCGAUCACGAAAUAGAGAAGGAUGAUACUGAUAUUGACGUUGAGGACAACUCGUCGGAUCACGCUGAAGAUCCCAAUGACAUCAACUCCCAGCCGCAGAAGUUGCGACGUAACCGGACGACGUUUUCAUCAGAACAAUUAGACGUUCUCGAGCGGGAGUUUCAGAAGACGCAUUACCCUGGUGUCACGACACGUGAAGAUCUGGCCAAGAAAACGGGCCUCUCCGAGGCUAGAGUACAGGUUUGGUUUUCAAAUAGAAGAGCGAAAUGGAGGAGAAAUCAACGCCUGACAUUCCUACAAAACACGACACGUGCUCUGCUGACGUCAUAUCACCCUCUAAAUCUCACCACGUCAUCCAAUGUUACUAAGACAGCCUCAUCGGACACUUGUCCAACUCGACACAAACCGGAAAUAGAUGAUCAUGACUCUGACAGGAAGUCCCCUGUUACUAAAUUCGGAAGUGAGGACUCUGCUUUCACACGUGUGCCAAGCGCAGUGGUCACUUCCGAGAGCAAAAUGGAAUCUGAUACGGAAAUCGAAAUUUAGAAUGAAAGACAACGAUGACGUUGUUUUAACAUCACUACAUAUUAAAGUCAACAAACUCGAGAGUGAAAGACAAUUGGAAAUUUAAAAAACUUCAAAGUUGAACUUAUUAUGUAAUAACAUGAAAUGCAUCUUUUUGGAUUAUAUACCGCAUAUAACACUUGGAAGUAUUCUGUGAUGUACGAGUUGAACAGAACUCACGGUUUCAUCUAAAUAUUAACUGAUUUAUCAAGGAUAUUGAAUAGUGUUAUCAAGAUCGUAUUGUUAGCUUCCGACAGGAAUAGUGAAUUCCAUCAGAAUUUAAAACUAAAAGAGUCUGGAUAUGACCAUCUAUUGAAUACUUCAGCAUUACACCUGAUUAAAAAACGUAAUGAUACCGUUUGUACCAAGGAAAUGUAAAUAUUACCGUGAAAUAACUAUACGUAUUCAGGGAAUUUGUAUUUGUUUUCAGACAACCCAACACUUAAAGGGAUAAGUGCUCGACUGCAACUUAAAUGGAACUUCUUCAACUUCUAAAGUGCAGUUCAUCCAUAAUGAGCUAUUUGUAAAUAGAACAGGAUAAAUGGAAAGUGUUUCAAAUGUAAAUAAUGUACAGUUUACACAGUGGUAUUCAGACAUAAAAUGAUUGUAUGUA